AUGACUUGUACAUGUUGUAAUAGAAGUGUAACUAUGAUUGAUCAUGGUAGUUUCAACUAUGUUGAUGAUGUUGGUCAUGUAGUUACUCCACCACAAUCAGCUCCAAACGAAAAACACCCAGAUGUCAAGGAGAAAUUCUACCUUCUCCAAGUGAAGUUCGCCACUCCAUUCCCAUGUGGAACAACUCCAAAGAACUUCAGAGUCUAUGCCAAGGCUGUCAAUAUCACCAACACCGGUUUCAAUGUCAAAUAUGUAACCUGGGCAGACAGUGACUCAUAUGGUUAUGGAGCUCUUUGGAUUGCCACUUUCACCCCAUCAUGCUGUUAA